AUGCCAUCCCCACCAGUUCUCCGAGAAGAUGAGGAACGUGAAUGCACGGGUUAUUCGCAUCCUCCGAUGCUUAGUUCACCUGCCUCCCAAUUGGACAUCAAGAGAACUUGUCCUUACGCUAUUCGUUUUAGUCGCGUUCAGUCUCUUGGUACCAUUCGGUGUUUUGUACUGGGUUCAGAUUCUCUGGAUGAAAUCUUCCACUCACCUACAGUUUUCAGGAUGAAUUAUGAGGAAAUGGAGAGGGAAUUUAAGAAUGCGGUUCGCCUUUUGUGUUCGUCAAGUUAUGAUUCCAAGUAUAUUCGACAUAAGGAUAUUGCCUUCCAACAGAUAAAGGAGCUAUCUCUUCCUUCCGAUGGAGAUAAGAGAACAGUAAUCAUCUUGCCCGACUACUAUGACUUGCCAUUCAGUGACAUUCUUGACUGGAAUAAAAUCUCUGUAAUUGUCAAGGAGGAUGAUGUUCCCCAUCUAAAGAAAAUUCUUGAAGGCACACCAGAAGGGAAGUUCAAGAAAAUGCGUCAAAAUGUUAUUAAGGAGCCACUUCAAUCUUAUGCUAAACAUUCUGAUAUUUUUGCUGAACUCUUUCACAUGCCUGAGGAUUUCAUCAUGGAUUAUGUGGAAAUGGAGAAGAACUUCAAGAUCUUUGUGUACCCACAUAAUACUAGUCUCCGUGACAAGCCAAAGAAGCUUGAUGGCGAGUAUGAGAGUGAAGGACUGUUCUUUGAGAAUCUUGACAAGAGUCGUUUCUUGACGAAAGAUCUCGAUAAGGCUCGCCUUUUCCUCUAUUGUAGUUUUCUUGAUCUUUUCUUUAGUGACAUGAUAUUAGGGAGAUCGGAGGAUGAAAGGGCUAUUGCCGUCGAGGAUUUCGUCAACAGCCUUAUUUCCAACUACCCUUAUUGGAACCCAACUUUAGGCACCUAUCGCUUCUUCAUAAACUGCGUAGACAUUCAUGUGACUGCUACUCCAUUUAAUGUUUCUGCAGCUGGAAAUGACACACGAGAAAGGAAUACAUUAGCUUUCUGGAUUGGUCAACCUGAUUCUUAUAUAAGAGAGAAGCUGGUUAACUCUUGGGGAUUUGAUCGAGAAUUUAACAUCCAAAAAGGAUUGGAAGCUAGUACCAUAAAAGGACGUUGGGCAUGCCAUGGCAAUGUAUCCAUGUCCAAGUUUUGCAUAUGUCCCGGAGGCCCUCGACUGGAUGGUGUUAUAGCAGUUGCAAUUAAUUGUGGAUGUGUUCUAGUUAUCUUGUCUGAAUACUAUGAUUUACCAUUCAAUGACAUUCUUGACUGGAAGAAAUUCUCUGUCCGGAAGCACUUCCAGUGGAAUCUAUCUCCACUUCAACUUGAUGCAUUGCAUAUGGUGAUGUACGAACUUUGUCUGCGCCGCCAUUUUACCAAGUACUGUGGAGUUAGUAAAAGCUGA